UUGCCAUCACUGUACCGUGAAUCUCGCUGAAUCUCGCCCAGACUCGAAAGGGGAAAAAUGUCCGAGGAAGCUCCCGCACCUGCUCCCGCCCCGGCCAAGGCGGCCAAGAAGAAGACGACGGCUUCCAAGCCCAAGAAGGUCGGCCCCAGCGUGGGCGAGCUGAUUGUGAAAGCCGUGGCCGCUUCCAAGGAGCGCAGCGGCGUGUCCGCAGCCGCUCUCAAGAAGGCUCUGGCUGCCGGAGGCUACGAUGUGGACAAGAACAAGGCCCGCGUCAAGACCGCCAUCAAGAGCCUGGUGGCGAAGGGCACUCUGGUGCAGACCAAGGGCACCGGGGCCUCCGGAUCCUUCAAGAUGAACAAGAAGGCUACUGAGAGCAAAGCCAAGAAGCCCGCAAAGAAAGCCGCUCCUAAAGCCAAGAAGCCCGCCGCUGCCAAAGCCAAGAAACCGGCAGCAGCUGCUAAGAAGUCGCCCAAAAAGGCAGCAGCAGCCAAGAAGCCCGCAGCCGCUAAGAAGUCGCCCAAGAAGGCCAAGAAGCCCGCGGCGGCGGCCAAGAAAGCGCCCAAAAGCCCCAAGAAGGCGGCCAAGAGCCCCAAGAAGGUGCUCAAGAAGGCUCCCGCAGCAAAGAAGUCCCCCGCCAAGAAGGCCGCCAAGCCCAAAGUCAAGAAGGCAGCCACAGCAACCAAGAAGAAUCCCUGCAGCACCAAAGAACUCCACCCGUCCUCUUCAUCUUCUGUGUUAGGAUUUACUAUUGCGUUUGACAAGAUUUGUGGUCUUACCACACGUGUCAUGAACCACGUGUGGUCUGUUUCCAUGAGCUUAGGAUCUGCUUUUACUAUCAAGGAGUGAACCAUGAUACCAUGAUUUUUGGAUGUAAUGUUAAGAUUUUUGAGUUAGAAUUUCUACUCUUGCCUGAUGACAAUAAAGUAAUGGUAGUAAUUUCUUUAAGGUGCAUUUGAAUCAAUUACUUUGAAAGAUUACAUGAAUGAAUGUACAUUUCGAAAUAAAUUUGAGAUGCAUCCC